AUGCGCAGAGCGAUCCACUUCGUGCCGGAGGAGGGCGCGGACGGGGGCGCGGGCGCGGGCGGCGAGGAGGGCGAGGGCACGUGGUGGGCGCUGGAGGCGGUGCGCGCGGUGGCCACGCGGCGCUGGUGCCUGCAGGAGCGCGCGGUGGAGCUGUGCCUGGCGGCGCGCGCGCACCUGCUGGCCUUCCGCACGGAGCGCGACCGCGCCGCCUUCCUGCACCACCUGCCGCACAAGGUGGAGCAGGACUCGCUGUCGGAGGCGAUGAGUCAGUGGCGGAGCGGCGCCAUCACCAACUGGGAGUACCUGAUGCGGCUGAACGGCCUCGGUGGGCGGUCGUACAACGACCUGAUGCAGUACCCCGUGCUGCCCUUCGUGCUGGCGGAGUACUCCGCGCGCGUGCUGGACCUCACCGACCCCGCCAGCUUCCGGGACCUCAGCAGGCCCAUGGCCGUGCAGCGGAAGCACAGGGAGCGCCACUACAUCGACACGUACAACGACCUGGCGAUGGCGCGGCGCGAGGGCUGCAGCCCGCUGGUGGCCCGCCAGGCGCACCACUACGCGUCGCUGUACAGCAACUCGGGCGGCGUGCUGCACUACCUCGUGCGCCUGCCGCCCUUCACGGAGCUCUUCCUCAACUACCAGGACAACAACUUCGAUAUGCCGGACCGCACGUUCCACUCCCUGGCGACCACGUGGCGGCUGAUCACCAACGACUCGCCCACUGACGUCAAAGAGCUCAUACCGGAGCUGUUCUAUCUGCCUGAACUGUUCCACAACAACGAAGGUCUGGAUCUGGGCGUGCGCCAGUGCGGGCUGGGCGUGGACAGCGUGGAGAUGCCGGCGUGGGCGGCGGACGCGCGCCUGUUCGUGCUGCUGCACCGCCAGGCGCUGGAGGCCGCGCUGGUCACGGACGCGCUGCCGCACUGGAUCGACCUCGUGUUCGGCUACAAGCAGACCGGCCAGGCGGCCAUCGACGCCAUCAACGUCUUCCCCGCAUGCACGUACUACGGCUUCGACCCCCAAGCGCUGGAGGACGAGGUGGACCGCACGGCGGCGGCGGCGAUGGUCCGCACGUACGGGCAGGCGCCGCGGCAGCUGCUGCGCGCCCCGCACCCGCACGCCGCCCCGCACCUACCGCCGCCCGCCCCCGCCCACGCGCCGGUACCUACUCGUCUACUUUAA